GGCAACACAGCAGCAUCACAAAUACAUAUAUACGCAGAUAUCGUGUGUGCGUCUGGAUUUUGCUGUAUUUUUUAUUUAAGAAUGAAUUAUUAAUAAACAAUUAAUAAAUUAUUAUUAAAUAAAAAACAGUACAAAACCGCCAAUCAACCAUACACAGAGUCUAUAAUUAAUUACGUUGAAUAUGGAACCGAAAAGCUAUCAUGCCCAUGAGCAGCAGCAGCAGCAGCAGCAACAGUAUUUGCACGAGCAGCAAAUGCACUUGCAACACCUCCAGCAGCAGCAGCAGCAACAACAACAGCAGCAGCAGCAGGCCAUGCAGGCAGGAUUUGCACCGCGUCGCCAGUAUGACAACAUGGGAAAUUCGCCUGCUGCCAUUGCGGCUGCCUGUUUGGCGAAUGGGGCUGCUGGCGGUGGCAGCUCCUCGAUGGUUAAGACGCCAUUGCUGCAGCGGCCGAAAAUAAAGAAGGAGAAACAGCUGCAGGCGCUGCAUCAGCAACAACAACAUCUGUCGGAGCUGAGCGGUACCAGCAGCACCGGCAUGCUACCACCUGAGGAGACGCUCAAGUUUGUCAACGAAACGGAUGCCAAUGGGCUAACAAUGAAGACACCCGUCAGCAUAUUACAGGAAUUGCUGAGCCGGCGCGGCAUCACGCCGGGCUACGAGUUGGUACAGAUUGAGGGGGCUAUACAUGAACCGACGUUUCGGUUUCGGGUCUCGUUCAAGGACAAGGAUACGCCCUUCACAGCUAUGGGCGCUGGUCGCUCCAAGAAAGAGGCCAAGCACGCGGCUGCUCGCGCUCUAAUCGAUAAGCUAAUUGGAGUACAGCUGGAGUCGCAAGGCAAUUCAGCAGCAGCAGCGGUGGCAGUUGGCUGCUCAAUGGCAGGCAGUGGUGGCGAUGGGAACGCCAAUGUCACUGGCAGUGGCGAUGGAGGCGAUAAGAUUGUGGGUAAUCCCAUUGGCUGGCUGCAGGAAAUGUGCAUGCAACGUCGCUGGCCGCCGCCAUCGUACGAAACGGAGACAGAGGUGGGCCUUCCGCACGAACGCCUAUUCACCAUUGCGUGCACCAUAUUGAACUAUCGUGAGGUGGGCAAGGGAAAGAGCAAGAAGAUUGCCAAGCGUUUGGCAGCCCAUAAGAUGUGGACACGCCUGCAGGAGACGCCCAUUGAUGCUGCCAAGAUCAAUGACAGCAUCUGCAGCGAACUGGAGGGCGAUCCCCGCAUUAACGAUAAUUAUUAUGGUGAUUUGAAAGAUAUCACUGUGCCAACACUGACCACGCAACACAGUAAUAAAGUGUCCCAGUUCCAUAAGGCAUUGAAAAAUGCGACGGGAAAAAAACUGCUUAAAUUACAGAAAACUUGUCUCAAGAGCUUGAAGAUUGACUACAUCAAGCUGCUUUCAGAGAUUGCUAUCGAGAAUCAGUUCGAGGUAACCUACGUGGACAUUGAGGAGAGGACGUUUAGCGGCCAGUUUCAGUGCCUGGUGCAGUUAUCCACGUUGCCAGUCGGCGUUUGCCAUGGCACUGGAUCAACGGUUUGUGAGGCACAGCGACAUGCAGCUCAGAAUGCCCUCGAGUAUCUAAAGAUUAUGACCAAAAAGUAGGUCAGCAACUGAAUAGCAAAAUCUGAACGCACAUUACGACGAUGAAGAAAAUUGAAACGUCCUUAUUAGCCCCCUGUAUUCCGUGGUUCUCAGCAACAACAUUCAACACUGUAUUUAAUAUUUAUUAUUAUUUUGUUUUGAGCUUAGUUCACCGAUAUGACUUUAUAGCUGACCUGUACUAUUCGCAAAUCGUAGAUAUUAAAUACCUUGAUACGAAUUAUUCACAAACAAAAA